GUCCGCUUCCUGUUCUCUCAGUUAGUGUCUGAUCAUCGUGGUUAAAGAUGCGUUGGUUGCCACUGUCUGUUUUAAUAUUAUGGGCCUGUUCGCUUUACAGCGUUUCUGCGGAUAACAGUGGCCUAAAGAAAAUGAAGAUGCAGUUUGCCACAGGGCCACUUCUCAAAUUUCAAAUUUGUAUCUCCUGAGGGUACAAGCGGGUGUUUGAGGAGUACAUGCAGGCUUUGUACCAGCGGUACCCAGACAUCCGCAUAGAAGGAGAGAACUACCUUCCCAUGCCUAUCUACAGGCACAUUGCUUCCUUUCUGUCUAUGUUCAAGAUAUUGCUAAUAGGAGUGAUCAUUGUGGGCAAGGAUCCGUUUGCUCUGUUUGGAAUGCAGGCUCCAGGCCUCUGGGUUUGGAGUCAGGAAAACAAGAUAUAUGCCUGCAUGAUGGUGUUUUUCUUCAGCAAUAUGAUUGAAAAUCAGUGUAUGUCUACUGGUGCUUUUGAAAUCACUUUAAACGAUGUUCCAGUUUGGUCCAAGUUGGAGUCAGGCCACUUGCCUUCCAUGCAGCAACUAGUUCAAAUUCUGGAAAAUGAGAUGAAAAUGAACAUGCAUAUGGACACACUUCCACACCAACGCUCGUAACCUUGCCUAAGAUCCACUGCCGGAAGCCUAGGACCCCUCCACUUUUGAGGUGGAGCUCUUCUGGGGUUGUGAGGUGACAUUUAUGAAGGUUUGUGCUGAAAGUAGAGACUCUACUAGCGCACGCCCGAUGCUCUGCUCACCGCGCUCCUCUGAGAUGCACCACCUACAGAUGCUGAUGAGGGAUUCAAGGCAACAGCAGCGGCCAUAUGAUUAUAACUGCAGCCCAUCUUCUGCAAUAAUGUUGUUCAGGAUUUAUGUUCAAGAGACGUAUGUAGUCAAGUCAGCAAAUAAUUUAUAUUUGCAUGUUUGUCCUUUAUUGUAUUGCUAAAACAUCUUUGUGUUUUAUUUAAUAUGUAGUUGGGUAGUUUCUAAUUUAUACAUCAAUCUGAUCUCAAUUUAACAAAUAAGCAACAUGAAUUCUAUUUCUGAGCCAUGAUUUUUAUAUUGCUUUGUAUAGUGCAAGAUGUUUACUAAAAGAUUAAUAAAACUGAGUCUAACAGAAAA